UCAAUUCCUCCAUAUAUUUCUCAACCAUCCGAAACAUCUUUGUAAAUUAACUCAAAUCUUCAGCAGCGAUUGUUGCUCCUGUGCUCAAACAUUGAGGAGAAUAGAAUGGGGAAACUAGUGGCGGCAAUCGGCAGGUUACUCUGCUUUGCACAGGUGAACCAGUCAACAGUAGGCAUCAAGGAAAGAUUUGGGAAGUUUGAGGAAGUGCUCGAUCCUGGAUGCCAUUUCGUGCCAUGGAUUAUUGGAAACCGCGUUGCGGGUCAGCUCACACUAAGGCUUAGGCAGCUAGAUGUCCGUUGUGAGACAAAGACAAAGGAUAAUGUUUUUGUUACUGUUGUUGCAUCCAUUCAAUACCGAGCAAUGGAAGACAAAGCAAGUGAUGCAUACUACAAGCUGAGCAACACAAGAGCUCAAAUUCAAUCAUAUGUCUUUGAUGUUAUAAGGGCAAGUGUUCCCAAACUAGAACUGGAUGAUACUUUUGAGCAAAAGAAUGAAAUAGCAAAAGCUGUGGAGGAGGAGCUUGAAAAGGCAAUGUUUGCUUAUGGUUAUGAGAUUGUGCAAACACUCAUUGUUGAUAUAGAACCAGAUGAAAAAGUUAAAAGGGCUAUGAAUGAAAUAAAUGCUGCUGCAAGAAUGCGUGUCGCAGCAAAUGAGAAGGCAGAGGCAGAGAAGAUCAUUCAGAUCAAGAGGGCUGAGGGUGAAGCUGAAGCCAAAUAUCUCUCUGGCAUUGGCAUUGCAAAGCAGCGACAAGCCAUAGUUGAUGGGCUGAGAGACAGUGUGCUCGGCUUCUCUGGCAAUGUGCCUGGGACUUCAGCUAAGGAUGUCAUGGAUUUAGUUCUGGUCACUCAAUACUUCGACACCAUGAAAGACAUCGGUGCAGCAUCCAAAUCUUCAGCAGUUUUCCUCCCACAUGGUCCUGGUGCUGUUGCAGAUAUCACCAGUCAGAUUCGUGAUGGGUUUCUUCAGGUAUCUACUCAGCAGAAAAAGUGAUGGGGGUUGCAUUGAAUUCUCAAAUCCAUGUAACAAGAAUCUGGAUUGGUGAGGCCAUUCCUACUGGUUUGUCAUAAGUCAGUGGUCCUUUGCAUGCUUGAGAAUAUUGUGUGAUCUUGUUAAAUAGUACCAAGCUUGUACAUAGUUUGUGUUUAAUACCACCUUCAUCUCAAAAUAGAUGACGUUUUAGUCUCUUCUACAAUGCUCAAAAUACAUGACGUUCUACGAUUUCGAGGUAACUUUAGCCCAAAUUUUCCAAUCUUACCCCCUCCAUUAAGUUACUUUUCUUCCCAAUGCAAGUCUCA